AUGGAGACGUUACCGACGACGAAGCGCGGCGGUGGAGGGAGAUCGAAGCCCGUUCCGACAUCCAAAUCCUCCCUCGUCAUGGCCUUUUUCUCUUGCGUCGCCUGGCUUUACGUCGCUGGCAGGUUAUGGCAAGACGCAGAGAACCGAAAUUUACUUGCUAGUCUUCUAAAAAAGAAUUCGGCUCAGAGGCCUAAGGUUCUUACAGUUGAAGAUAAGUUGAUGGUGCUAGGGUGCAGGGAUCUGGAGAGGAGGAUUGUGGAAGCUGAGAUGGAAUUGACAUUGGCUAAGAGCCAAGGGUACCUGAAGGGGCAGGGCCAGAAAAAUGGCUCUUCUGAUCGUAGGCUUCUUGCUGUUAUUGGAGUAUAUACUGGAUUUGGAAGUCGGUUGAAGAGAAAUGUUUUCAGGGGGUCUUGGAUGCCCAGAGGUGAUGCCUUGAAAAAACUUGAAGAAAGAGGAGUGGUCAUUCGAUUUGUUAUUGGUCGGAGUGCUAAUCGUGGUGAUAGCUUAGAUCGCAAUAUUGAUGAGGAAAACCGGUCAACAAAGGAUUUCCUGAUUCUAGAAGGUCAUGAGGAAGCCCAAGAAGAGUUGCCUAAAAAAGUAAAAACCUUCUUUAGCACGGCAGUUCAGAAUUGGGAUGCUGACUUUUAUGUGAAAGUUGAUGACAGCAUUGAUAUUGAUCUGGGUAAAGAUUGCACAUUCGUAACUCUGUUCCCUGGCCUAGCAGAGGGUUUAAUUGAACUUCUUGACCGUCGCCGUGGCCAGGAUGGGGCAUAUAUUGGAUGCAUGAAGUCAGGAGAAGUGAUAUCAGAAGACGGAAAGCCAUGGUAUGAACCUGAUUGGUGGAAAUUUGGGGAUGAAAAAUCGUAUUUCCGACAUGCAGCUGGUUCGCUUGUUAUAAUUUCAAAGAAUUUGGCACAAUACAUUAAUAUAAACAGGUUAGUUCUCAAUGUCAUGUAUGCACGAGGAAACUUAGAAACUGAAGUAGGAAGCUUUGGUUCUGGCAUGGGUGCCUUAUUUCAGCAUUUAGGCUGUCAAAGCACGGCCUCUGAUUCCCUUAUUUGGGAACUUGAUAAAGAGAAGGCUUUGGAUGUUCCUUAG